AUGUUGAAGACAGGGAUCUUGUUGAUUGUUGGGGCAAUUGCUGCUACAGCUUCAAGCUGGAGUGGUGAGGUGCCGGCCCAGCGAUCUUACAUGUAUGUUGGCGGACAAUACAGAUUGGAUAGUUCAGGGGGGCAUGUCUUCGCGGAUCAGAUGUAUGUCGAGAAACUAACCCCGGAGAAGAUUACCAAGCCUCAUCCAAUUCUGUUCAUUCAUGGACAGGCACAGACGGCCGUGAACUGGCUCAACAAGCCUGAUGGAGGAGAAGGUUGGGCGUCUUACUUUCUCUCUCAAGGAUAUGAAUGCUAUCUCAUCGAUCAAACUUUCCGCGGCCGGAGUCCUUGGAUCCCUGGCAAUGGAACUCUGAGCACCUACAGCGCCGAGGUGUUGCAGCAGCGUUUCACUGCGCCCGAGAAGUACAUGCUUUGGCCGCAGGCCUCCCUGCAUACCCAAUGGAAUGGAACGGGUGUCAUGGGUGACCCCAUUUUCGACGCUUACUAUGCCUCAACUGUCGAGUUUCUCAGCUCAUCAACCUACCAGCAGUCAACUGUGCAAGCUGCCAGUGCUGCUCUACUCGACAUCAUCGGAUCCCCGGUUAUCAUUCUCUCCCACUCCCAGGGUGGAUGCAUGCCCUGGCUUAUCGCGGAUGUGCGCCCGAAGCUCGUCCACUCGAUCGUCUCGCUCGAACCCACCGGUCCUCCAUUCCAGGAAGCCGUCUUUAGCAAUACCUCCAGUCGUCCGUACGGGCUUACUGAUAUCCCGAUGACCUACUCGCCCGCCUUGAAGGAUGCCUCCGACCUCGUGAAGCACGUCAUUCCUUCCAACUCCUCAGAGUACAGCGAUUGCAUCAUCCAGGCCGAUUCUCCCGCACCCAGGCAACUAGUUAAUCUCGCUCAGACGCCAGUCCUUGUUAUGACGACCGAAUCGUCUUACCACGCGCCAUAUGACUGGUGCACGGUGAAGUUCCUGAAGCAGGCUGGUGUCCCAGUGGAGCAUCUCCAACUGGCGGAUGUCGGCAUUCAUGGAAAUGGACAUAUGGUCUUCAUGGAGAAGAAUAGUUUGCAAGUUGCUGCUGUCCUGCAGAAGUGGAUAGAGCAGUCCUAA